CCCUCAGGAUCUAGCGCCUCCCAUCCAAAACACGCUUUCAUUUGCGAGUGUUUCGAGUUAAGGUUGUUUUGGUGGUCAAGUUUCUGUAACAUUUGCAUUUUUGAUGCACGGCGAUAACAGUCAGCUAAUGACACAUAAAUAUUGGACAUUUGUAAAGUAGAAGGCAUGUCACGCGUACAUUUGACUGAUAAGUGUUCGUAGGGCGCUAUUUUAGCCUGGGAACUUUGCACUGUGCUGUACAUUUGUGCCAAGGAAAGAACUUAUAAUCUGGAAUGGGAGAAACCGAAAAGCCAUUCGCAUGCGAUAUAUCUGGGUGCGGUGUUCGAUUUGUCAGCGCAGAUCGACUAGCCAGCCAUCGAAAGAAGCACCAUAUGGCGCUUUCCUUAGAGUGUGGGAACGACGGCGGUGAAAGAAGUAUAGUCGAACAGACUCCGACCCCAACAAGAUUCCUUCGUGGCCUUGACAACGAACUCUUCCAAGAUCUUCGAACUGGGUUCACACCUGAAACAGUGCAAAGUCUCCAGUCUGUAAACCCUUUUGAAGAGGAUUUCCGAAGAGGAGUUCAAGCAGCAUCACAGGGGACUCUCCUGAUUCAUGAGAGUGGCCACGAAGCAAAUGAUUCACUCAACACUCCGUGCAUCCCACCAGUGACAGCUGAUCCACUCCGCGCACCUGCAUUGCCCAUUUUGCAUUCAUCGUCUUCAGCCACAGAGAAAAAUAUUGAUUCUGUCCUGCCAGCAGCAACCUCACCAGAUACUGGGGAUGAAACGUCUCCUUUUGUGCCUUCUUCUAAGGAACACGAUGAAGUGCCUCACCGGCAAACACGGAAAGACUCAACUUCUAGGAGUAGACCAGAAAACUUACGCUUACGUCUAGGUUCUGAGCGCUCAGACACUGCUACAGAGUCCUCGAGCCCAGAGCCUUCAAAAGAUUUGUCUGCAGGAGGUAGCAAGCACAGAAUGCCUGUAAUUACUUCUUUGAGGAUCAUCCAAAACCAAACAAUGGGCCCGGUCGCCACGUCCAUCCUGAAGGAUGUGACACCUGACAUAGUCACAACUGUGCAGCCAGUUAGUUCUCUUCCCAAGACAUCUAUUAUUGCAGCACCAGCAGCAGCAAGUGUUAUCCAGAUUCCAGCCAAUGUCCAGUUGGUGAUAAUGUCCAACCCAGCAGCCACAAGUGCUGCGACCACCACAGUUGCUUCACCGCUACACAUCCCUCAACAGGACGCUAGAACGAAGCUGAAAGAAGCUCUGUCAUCCAGAAGCCAGUAUAGCAGCCUCCGACCUGCUUUCGUUGCAACACCCUCUGAAAACUGCACAUUGGCAAUACCAUCUCCGUUACGCAGUGAGGGCCGUUCUACCAGUCCAUGUGGGAGGCGACGGAAGCAGGACGAUGACAACCCUGAUGAUGAAAGGAAGAAGAAGACCAGAGAAAUCAAUAGGUUUGCUGCACAGAGAAGCAGGGAAAGAAAGAAAAAGCAACAUGAGGACAUCAAGCGACAGCGAGAUAUGUACAAGCAGAUGUAUGAGGACCUACAUAUGAAAUUCACAAGAGAACUGGCAGAAAAAGCUAACUUGAAGCAAGAGAACACAAAGCUACAUCAGACUAUACAAGAGCUGAAGUGGCAGUUGGAGCAGUCGAAUGACAGCCCUAGUGCUCCAGAGGAGCAUAACAAAGUCAAGAGUGUUAUUCAUCAGACAGCAACAAGAACACCAUCAAAUGAAUCUGGGUCAGCCAAUCUGUCUGCCUGUCCAAAAAGUGUUAUCAUUAACAAUGCAUCCAAUUCAACAACACCAGUAGUACAUUGCAGUAGCAACACUUCUCCCAAAAAGGUUUGCAGUAAGUGACGUCAUUGUGCCUUCAGCCGGAUUCAGUGGUACAUGUCCUACUUUCCUUGCUACCAUACAUCAUGCAGGUUUUAUCAUUGUGCAUCACUGCAUGUGAAAUAUUGUUGCAUUGCAUCAUCGGCCACAAAAAGUGCAUCAUGAGUCGCUUUCUGUGAAGAAAAUGGGGUGUACAUUUAGGUGUUAUCAAUUGACAUUUCUUUGUUGUAUUAAAAUAUCAUGCUAGUCUCUGAUGGACAUGAGAAAGAAUCAUGGGCAACCUGCAGAACUGUGAAUCUCACCACAAAUCAGCAGGCAAAGAAGCAUGCUGUCCUGUCUCCCUUGUGUUACAAUUUCUUCGUCCCUUUUCGAACUUUCCGAUCAUCACUGUAAAGUACACUGUUUAGAAAGGUAGGACAAAUUAAAUAAUCAUUCAAAGCCUUUUGUUGUUUACUCUUUAGAGAUGCACCAGUUUUGUCUGAGCAAAUGAAGGAAAGCUAACAGUGAAGUUAAUUGAAUCGUAAGGAAAUUAUAAAUAAUGGCUUUUGUGAACAUUGAAGCUCCAGGCCGCCAAUCUGGUACUGAGCAGGCAAAGCACAUUGGUACAUCGUAAUUUUCUUCAGCAAAUCCACAAAGCAUACAGCCCGCUGUGACUUACCAGCAUGCAAAUAUUUGUUUUUGGAAUUAUGGAUAUGUGUUACAAGUUUCAAAUAUUCUAUAUUAAUUUUGAGGUUUAGAGAGGUCAGGAUGGCUGUUUGUGUUGACACAAAAUUGCCUUUGGGAUGUUAACCCUGACUAUUGCAUGUUUUCAAACCAUCACAAAGUUGAAGGACUUUGGGUAAACAGAGCGCAUUGCUGGCCCACAACAGUUUUGAAGAUGGCACGUUAUUGUCUUUGAUAAUUUCACUGACGUCCUCGUUGAGCACAGUACUAAAACUUUUCUCCUCUGAAAACCAUUUCUGUGCAAGAACAAACAAAAAAAUCAUAUUUUGUGGAGCUGUUGUAAGAACAUUAAUGUGAAAUGCCAGUUAUCUAUGCCGAGUAGAGUUGAUCCAACGCUCGCUUUCCACUUGCCACGAAACACCUCUCGUCAAGAUGCUGCAUUAAUUCAUUGAAUGCGACUCGAUGUGGUUUUUACAGCUCAGUAUCGUUACUGCUUGAGACAAGUUGACUCUCCCAGAGGCUGUCACCGCAGUGCUCUAGAGGAUCUGGAGCACAUUCUUCUUCAUUGCCUACACUACCAACUUUCCCGAGCCACACUCUCUGGGUCUCUUAGUCACCUGGACUCUCGCCCCUUCUCUCUAUCAAAAUUGCUUAGUCCCUGGCCGAAUCCAGCCCACCAACGCUCUGCUCUCAAAGCUCUUUUGACCGUUAUGGACACUAUAGGACUUUGAUCCUUAUUGUGAAGGGGCUCAUUAUUCCAGUCCCCACAUCACCACCAGCAGUGGGGUAGAGUCUUGCCCCUGGCGAUGAAACUCCCCAUUCAUCACCUUAAAUAAAGUUAUAAUAAUGUGAAACGACUUAAAGGAGAAAUGAGGUGACAUUUAACGUCGCUCGAAAUCAUGCCUCAUCUGUCAAGGUGUCCACCAGGAGUCACCGUGCAAAAUUUUUUCGCUGAGCGGUGCGUUAUAGCUGUGCAAUCAAAUUUGAAAAAAAAAAACAGUUGGAGAAAGCAGCCGCAGAUGGUCGACACGGUUCUCGCGUGACAUAUUUGAGGCUCCGUGCCUUGUUCCUUUGGUUUUUCUUCACAGCUCACGCGCCACAUAUACACGCUUGAGCUUUGCCGCUGUACGUGACUGCUCACGCAAGUGGAGUAGCAUAUACAUCACGACGUCCUCUCUUUCUGCCUCUCUUUCUGCGGUGCGCUCUUUUCACGAGAAGAAUUUUUCAAUGUUGUGUGGAACAGAGUUCUUGUGCUUACUCUGUAGGUCAUCUGCGCUCAUCGUUCUUUCGCAGGAACUCAUUUUAUUCGUUGGAGAACACUCUGCACCAAAAAACGAAAAAAAUUUGGGUGUCACCUUAGUGCUCCUUUCAUUUUUCAUACUUUUAUGUCACUUUGUAACCACGUACCUUUCAGUUCUGCAGCAAUAGUGAUGAAUCGACUGAAUGUGUUAACAUUAAUGACAUAGCCUUACAAGAAUGCUGCAAAAGCUAAAGGAAAUCGGAGCAGUCUCUGCACAUUUUCAGCUCUUGACACACUAUUUUUGCUGUUAUUUGUAUCUAUCACAGCAAACAGAAGCCUUGCUGUGUGCAGUUCCGUCCUUCAGUAUAAAAUGGGUUGAACUAAAUAUUUCCCAAGUUACCCGUAUCUGUGCUGAAUGUGUUUCGGUUCAGCUGCAUUUGAGGACUUCGAAAACACUCUUGCUAGAUAUCAUUAGUGGCAACUACAAAUUUGUAAUGCCAUACAAGUGUAGCAGAAAUGCCUUGCAAAUUCUAUGUUAUGAAGAAAACAGGAAAUGUUGUGCAGAAACAUGUAGAUACCUUAAGUUGUCAGUAUACAGACGGCAUGUAUAGAACCGGGUGUCACCAGUUUACAAAUGUAGUUUAAAAAUGUAAAGUUAGAUUUAUCUUCUGUAUCGAGCAGUAGCUGUUGCUGUACAUGCUGCAGAAAGCCUGUUAUCUAUGGCUCCUAAUAAUGCUACACUGUAUCACAUAAUCAUAAGCAAGUGGACAUUUACACGGACAUUUACACAUGUUAACUUCAGCCUUUUAGCACAGUAAACCCACUCCCUGUCGUUCUCAGAAAAUGAUGAAAAAGUCACCAUGGAGUAGUGUAUUUUGGGUGCUUAGAGCUUGUUCCAAGUAUUCCAAUCGUGCACAGAAAUUAACGGCUAGGUUUUGUAGUGUAGAAUUUAUAUCUCUCCGAACGUUUAACAUUUUGCCAUUACAGUUUGGUGUAGAGUCAAAUCAAUUAAAUUAAUGUAAUUAAUUUAAUUCUAAGUUGCUUAUAAUUACUUGGGUUAAUAAAAUAAAGUAACUACAUCGUUAAUCCCAUUUUAUUUAGGUAGUUACAGUAAAACCCGCGGAUAGCGAUAUCGAUAAUAACGAUAUCCCUCGUAAAACGAUUGUUCAUGAUUUUACCGUUAAAAUAUACAUUGGUUCUAUGGGGAAACGACCCGCGUAUAGCGAUGGAGACCGCGGUUCCGAGUACUCGUAUAACGAUGUUGGACGCUGUCCCGUGCGCGUAACCACGCGGCGAUUUUCGCCACGAUAAGAUACAGUAGAGUCUCGAUGCUACGAAUCUCACGGGGUAGCGGAAAAAAUUCAUAUCAUCCGAAAUUCACAUCAAAAGAAUUAAACCAAAAUAAAAAUUGAGGCAAGAAAAUAGACAGCGACUGUUCAUUUUCCAAUACUGUCAGUGAAAGAGGUAGGUGGUAACGCUUUUAUGUCUCCGUAUUUGGCCAAUGCUGCUCAAAUUCGCGAGAUGAUUCAAAAAGCCUAGCACGUGCUUUCCACACGAGGAUCGCGCGACAGUGUUCUAAAGCGAGCUUCUCCUAAAGCACGCAGGCGUUAGGUGAAGCCGACUUGCGGAAUGGUGACGUGUAGUGUUGCCAGAAGUUGUCCUGCUAUGUUGUCUCGUUCCCUCCACGAGUUCUGAUCGCUGUUUUCCCAAGCCACUGCGAUGUCACGCAGCUUCGCGUUUUUUUUUUUUUUUUUGCAUUGGUGUCUUUUACUUUUGCUACACGCGGGGUGGCGCGCUAUUUAGGUCAGCCCUGGUUUAACGAUGUACCCCGUAUAACGAUGGAAUUCGCGAUUACCGUCGAUAUCGUUGUACGCGGGUUUCACUGUAAAUUGCAUGAAACGUCAGCAAAGUAAGUUUUACACCUAAUACCUCACGGACUUAUCCAACGGAAAGAACCCCCCUCCUUUUUUUCAUGUUGAUUCUUUAAAUUUUUAGUUCAACUAGUAGCUGCCAAUACUGCAGCCCCUCCUAAUUAACCACAGCUGCUUGAAAUUGAAAGAGAGAUAUUGUGGCUAGGACGCGAGUGCCUUGUAGCACAACACUUACUGUUACGUUUCAUUCCAUUUUAUUUAUUUUAUUUCAUUUAUUUGCACAUAACCAUAACAUCUACAUACAGUAUAAGCCAUGCCGUACACUAAAGUUUUAUGCAGAACUCAGGGAAGUAUAUGCAGUGUCACUACUUUGCCAGUGGUUGUGGUGAGAUGCAUACACAGUAACACAUGUGCCUGCAGCUUUGACCGAACUUUAUACAGAUAAUGUGGAAAGUAGAGCUGUUGCUUUUCAAACAAUGUUGCAAAAUGUGUCAGAAAGAUCAGUUGCUGUGCAAAAAUAUCUCUUGCAUUGGUGCUUGGUUGUGCAGUGGUGGUGCAUGUGAUAUUUAUUCGUAGGUUUUACUCUAUGCAACGCAGAUGCAUAAUUUGUGUGUUCUGUUAGUGUUGUGGGAACGUAAUCAUGCAUUUGAAACAUUAAGCAUGAGCAAUGCAAUAUGUAUGUAGGAUUUGACUUUUUCGGGUUAAAGGUCGGGGGGGGGGGGGUUAAACCCGACUCCCCCUGAUUAUUCCCUCCUGAGUCAGUUUAGGACCGAUUUGGGUAAAACCCGAUUUCUCCCCAAAUUCUAAUCACAUAUCAGGUUGUACCACGUAUCACAUGCUCUCUUUAUUAGCGGUCUAGAUGAAUGUGUGAUGUAGAUACGUAUAUUAUUUGAGUGCACCAAUAAGUAUGCGAAGCACAUUUGAUGUUACAACAUGAGGUGCUGGUCCCUAUGAGUUGCGAGGCAGCUAUGUUUGACCAAUUUUUGCACCUUACUCGUGGGUGGCUUGCUGGACAGAAAACAAAACAUAAUAACCCGAUAACGCGUGAUUUCACCCCGAAUUACAUAUUUAAAAAUGGCACCCGAUUUUUUCGUCCGGAAUACGGCAACGACAUUUAACUUGAAAAAGUUAGAUCCUCUAUACAGGGUGUUUAUUUUUAUCCUUUGCAGAAUUUUUUAACAAAAAAGCUACGACUGCAGCACAAAUGUCAUUUUUGCAGUUGAGUUCUCAGCCAGGCGGACAUGUGCUGGAAGAGAGUAUGUAACUACAAGAUUAACUAGUUACUAAUUAUCUAAAAUUUGUUACUUAACUGUUUAAUUAGGGAAUUUUGGGCAAAAACGAGACAGCUUUCUUAUGAAAAUUUUGUAAAGGAUAAAAAUAAACACCCUGUACAUGUAUAUGCGUUUAGUGUUGCAGUGCUGGCAUGACAAUAGGCCAGAAUAUUAUCAUUAACAAUGUGAUGGACAGUGUCACGAAGCACCCUGUGGAGAAAUUGGUGCAGAACACAACUCAAUACCCGGAAAUAAACAGUGUUGUGCAAAUACAAUCUUAAGCUUACUGACAAAUAUAAUUACUACUAUGUAUGAUAUGACAUUCGUGUACUUGGAAUGCACAGAUGGGAAACAUGAGAGCUACUUCAAUUAUUGCAAACUUAGAAGGGUGAAGUUCACCCAGCAUUACGAAUUUGAACCUAAGGAAGCUGUAAUGAUAGAAGCUGCACCCCUGAGUCAAGUCACUGUUCAUCCUUGUCAGAGUGUAAACAAGACCAAUUCACUGUUUGUACAAUACGAAACCAUGACUUACUGUUUGUUCACCUGACAUGCCUGACCGGUGGCCCAUUUUCCCCUCACAGCUGAACUCUUCUUGCAUUCUGACUACCGCAUGAAAUUUAUGGUGUCGAGCCCGUUUAUAACGAUAUUGACGGGAACAUGAAAUAUUACAGAAUCUCUAUAUGUGAACUUUCAUAAAAUCACUGGUCAGGGUCACAUCACCAAAGUAGAAAGGUACAAGUAGAAUGCCACUAGUAGAACAUGCACUUUUGUUAAACGCAGGAAAAAAUUUUAUCUACCUCUAGAUUGAAGCAGCUUUGUGUCACAUUCCAUGAAAGCUUAUCCAAUGGCAACAUAACUGCCGAUACGACGUGAGGCUCCACACGUCUUGAUAUCAAUGACCUUGUCCAUUACUCGUCAUCACACUGUCAUAGUCACAUAAGUCAUCAUCGUUCUUUCAGUGAGAACUCUCCAAUGUAACGUGCCUUGUCAACGUUGAAUUCAUCAACGCCUGUCUUGAGCAGAGCCGUACGACAGUCUGCUAACUCACGUUUCGGAAGGCACCACACUUGACAACGAGGGUGCAAAAUGCGUCAAGCAUGCUCAGUUUCAUUUUGUGCCUUUCCUCAUGAAAAUGCUUUCCGGAGCCGGACAUGUCAUGGUUGCACGCAGCAACGCAGAAAAAAAGUUAAGCACAGAAGAACCAUGUCGAGAGGGAGCUCUGCAAUGUGUGCAAUUAAUCCUCAUCGGUUAUGCACAGCUAAGCGGGCCACGUUCCUCAGUGAUCUUGGAGGCUACUGCUCUUAAAGGCAAACUAGGGUGACCUUUUCGUUUUUGGCUGUGGCGUGUUCUGCAGCAAAUAAAUUAGCUCCUGCGAAACAAUGUCGCGACGCCCAUGUUCUUCAAACCUUUCAAGAAUCCUCUAGUCUUGGAAUGAGGGAAGGAGGAAGGUACGUUGUGACGUAACCUCUUCCCCUGACAUGUGACUCGUGACGUAGACGAGCACAGCUCAAGCGGGUGUAAGCAGCAUGUGAGCUGAGAAGAAAGGCAAUGGGGACUUGCUGACGUCACACAAGGACCAUGACGGCCGUCUGCAGGGGCUUUCUCCUACUGUUUUUUGUAAAUUUGAUUGUGCAGUGACAAUACACCACGCAGCAAAAGUAUUUAGCACGAGGACUCCUGAUGAUCAGCUUGAGGAAUCAGACAGUGUUUCGAGCCAUGUUAGAUGCCACCUCACUGCUACUUUAAAAGUGCAUCCUUCCUAUGUUUUCAAUCUUAAAAAAUGGAAUCUCGCUUCUUGGUUUUCACGACUUUUACCAUCCGCCGGGAUAAUUUUUAUCGCUAUACGCGAGCAAGCGUUUUCGUGGUGACCCUUACGUCAAAAUGUUAUUCGCAUGUGCUUCAGUGGGUUAACUGACAGGAACAAGCAAUUUGAUUGUAAUAUUGGAGUUAACAUUAUGUUGUAAGUCAUAAUAAAUGGGCUCAACUGUACUACCUUCAAUUGAAUGAUGCAGGUAUGUUUAAUUGCUAUCAGCCUCUACAACAUUGUACUACCUUCAUCUGCCAGCAUAGUCUCUAUCUGUACAGCACUGCACAUGUAUGCAUAUUUUUCACAUAGAAUGGCAUGCUCGAGUAAUUAGGGAUUUCAUGCUAACACCCUGUAAAUCAAGCUCAUUUGUAACGAUCUUCAAUAUAAUGACUCCCAUAUUAGAAUCAAGCUUCCAGAUGCCCUCAGCUAUUGCGUUGCUCUGUGAGACGAUGAGCUUGGUAUAUGUCGGUGAGCAUUCCUCUUCAGUGGCAUUCUACUGUGUAUUCUUGUAUUUAUGCAACUAUGGGUGACAGUGUACAGAAUUGUCUAGCAAACAUAUUUUGCAUCAUUUUCAUCAGUAUUGUUACACAUAGGAUAAACUGCUGAGCUUGACAAAAAGGUUAAGUGUUUCGAGAGGACUUUUGCUUUGAUGCAACUUUCUAGAUGGAGCACCCUAUUUAUUUGGAAGACGUUAAAAAGAAUUUCUCCAUUGUUGUUAUUCCUUUGAAUGUGUUCGACUAGCUAUGUUCUUAGGCUUUAUGGCUGUUUCUAGGUGAUUUUUUUUAAGUAGCUAUGCAACACUAGCACCUUUGCAAUAUUAGUUGUGAUGCUUAUUUUUUCACGAGAGGUAUAUCAAUGUUGUAAAUGUUAAGAUGUCAAAAUCUAUUGUUGAUAAAUUCACCAAAUUUA